GAUUGUCGUGGUGGUGUAGUUGCUACCCAGUGUACUUACCCAGUCUUCUCUCAUUUUCCAUGCAAUACAAGUAAUAUAUAUACAUAUAUGUGUGUAUGUAUAUAUUUUGAUUCCGCUCAUUGUCCUCACAAACUACAAGCCAGUUAUUAGUAGCUCAGCUGGGUUCAUUUUACUCGGUUGAUUCAGUCUCGUUCUGCCUGUUCACGGUUGAUGUCUGUGGGUGAUUGUGGUGGGUCUGUUGGUGUCAGUUGAUGUCCAUCAGAUAGUGGAUACAGUUUACUCGAGUAUCUACUUAUUCUUAUUAGUAUAAUUAUUUAUCUCCUGGUACUAAGUCAUAAUACGUGACAUCAAACUCUUGAUUUGCAACCCAGUGUUUAUUGUAAUCGAAACUUUAUGGCUUCAGAAGAUUGCAAUACAAAGAAACAAAAAAUGAGCAACUCAUCCGGAAGGUUGUCAAUAACAUCAUCGUCAAAUAACACGAUUGCAACACCAAGUCCAUCAAUAGUACAUCGCGAAAUGGGAUUCUACUGUUUUGAUGUUCUCUAUCGUCAAUUGAAUCAACUUGACCCACCAAAAACACCCAAUUUCAGCAAUGAGCCAUUCCCAAUAUUUGUCACCUGGAUGAUUGGAAAAGACAUGCGUCUACGUGGAUGCAUUGGUACGUUUAAUGCACUGCAAUUGCACUCUGGUCUCCAUGAGUAUGCGGCUACGAGUGCAUUUAAGGACUCGAGAUUUAAUCCAAUAACUCGUGAAGAAUUACCUCGCUUGCAUGUGAGUGUAUCAAUUUUGCUACACUUUGAAGACGGGUCUGAUUACUUAGAUUGGGAAAUAGGUCUACAUGGAAUUCUUAUUGAAUUUUAUAAUGAGAAAGGAAACAAACGUACUGCUACUUACUUACCUAGUGUUCCUGUCGAACAAGGUUGGGACCAGAUUCAAACAAUAGAUUCAUUGCUACACAAAGGAGGAUACAGAGGUUCAGUAACACCUGACUUAAGACGUAGUUUAAAAUUAAAACGGUAUCAAUGUGAGAAAAUAACAGUCAGCUACCAAGAUUACAUAACUCACUGGAACAAUAAACGUUGUUAGCAAAAGGCCGAAAAUCGGGUUUCUAUUGCGAGUUUUCCACGUUUGCCCACCAACGGCAAUCGCUUUAACAACAGCAAAAACAACGUCAUUGUAAAUCGUAAUAGUUUUCAGCUUCCCCACUUAAAUUCUUGUAACUACAAUUAUUUAACAGAAUAUCGACAACAUGGACGUAUGGCUCAAAACAAUUAUUCACAUCAACAAAUGGUGUCAUUAGUACCACCAUCAGUUGCAUUACCAGCAAUGCCGCAACAGUUGUAUCCUUUAUGGAAAUUACCCGGUCCUUACUCAAUUAAUUUUCAUUACCCAGCAAUUCAUUCAUAUAUGUUAAAUAAUACUGAUUAUUUACGAAGAAAAAAUUACACUGGCCGCAAUUACUUUUAAUUACUUUUUUUUUGUUUAUUUUGAAAUGGUGCCUAAUCUUUAUGUACUAACAUACAUUGUUUCACAUACCUACUAACAAUUAAUUAUUAUUAUUAUUAUUAUUAUUAUUAUUUAACAAUAAAUAUAUAUUUAAUAAUCAAUAUAUAAAAAAAUAUAAUUUUUCAAUUUUUUUUUCGGAAUCAUAAUUACUUUAAAUAAAAACAAAAAUUUAUUUUGUUCAUUUUGAAAACGAGCGGAUAAUUAAAUUACGUAUAAAUAAAUUCAAUGAUUUAUUUCAAAAUUGUUUAUUAAAUUUUUUUUAUUUAAAAAAAUUAAAUUUAUUUAUUAGUUAGUAAAAUCAAUCGGUUCAAAAAUUUGUUAAUUGAUGUGUAAACAUUUUUUUUCAGUUAAUUAAUUUAUAAUACAAGUUUAUAAUGUCAAGUAUUUAAAUACAUUUAUUGUUAAUUAGCAUGGUUUAAAGUUCAUUAUUACUAUUUAUUAUUGAUCUUAUGACAUUAAAUAUGCGGUAUAUUUUUUUUUUCAGUAAUAAAAAUAAUCAAUUGGCAUGAUUUGAUGAUUUAAUUUAGAUUAAUGAAUAUUUUUUACAUUAAUUUAAUAAAAUUACAUAAAUUAUGAUUGUGGUAAAUCAACUUGUAUAAAAAUUUAAACUAUUAAAUUAUGAAGAUAUUGAUAACGAGUUUAUUAAUUAUAUAAUAAAUUAGAGACAGUAAUGACGAUAAUGAACGUAAAGAUCUCAUUGUGAUUUUAAAUGAGUAUAAAAAAGAUUAUUAAAGAUUGAAUCAACACAAAUGAACUUAAAAAUGAUGACGAGAUUUUGUACUCGUUUAAUUCAUAAAUAAAUUGCAUUAAUAACUAUUUAAUAUUUAAAUACAUAUAUUGGUGCGUAAUUCUUAUAAUUCAAUUAGAAUUUUAAAACGUUCAAUUAUAUAAAUCGUCAAGUAAUGUACUAUAAUUAAAUAAUUAUCAUAGUAUAAUGUAUUAACGACACAUUUUAAAUAAUUGAGUAAUUGGCAGAUUAACGAAACUUUUUGUGAUUUUUGAGUAGCUGUACACUGUAAAAGAAACCAGGGUAAGUCCAGGAAAAGGAGGUGUUAAAAUUUUCGAUGUUUAAAAUAUUUUACUUUGUUAAUAUUUUUCCUUAUUCGAUCACUAAAGUUAAUCAGUGUUUUUAUUAAUUAAUUAAAUUAUUGGUGAUUAAAAUGGUGGCCAUAAAAUUGUCUAAUUUCUAAAUAAAUUACUAAUUACAUAAAUAAUUAUUUAAAUAAAUACACAGAAAAAUUGAAAUUUCCUCCAGAUAAUAUUCAAAAAUUGAAAAAAUUUUUUUUUAUGUGUGAUACAUUUUAUUUUUCUAAUUUCUAUAAGUGAAAUUUUUUUUUUUACACCAAUUUAACUACGAAAUUUUAACAUCGCUCUUUUUACAGUGUAUCUUUUCAUAUAUAUCCUGCUUUGAUUUAUUCAUAACGGCUUUCUGCCCAGUUUCGUUGCUGAAAUUUAUUUCACUGCCACACUAUUACCGUUGAUGUACUAAUUGUUGCUAUUAUUAAUUAUUUAAAAUCAUUGAUUAGUAGAAUACUAUGAAAAGCAAAUAUCUAUGUUUUAUUGUAACUUGUAAUCGUUACUUAUGGUUAAUUUUAUCAAGUGUUGAGAUCUCGAUUUAUAAUUUCAGAUAAGCAAUAAAUUAAAAUAUAUCAAUCAAAUUAAAAGAAGCGCCCAAUUAACUGCCAAUAAUGCUUUAUAAAAUUGUUAUUUAAUUUUAAUUAGUGUAAUUGAUUGAAAAUUUCAUGUUCAAUUUGAUUUUAUUUUUAAAAAAUGUGUCGUAAAUUUAUGAUCACAAUCGUUAUAUAUUAGAGUAUUAAUCGCUGCCUUUUUAUUUUGCUAGUUCAAGUAACUUACUAACUCUCUAUUAAGACAAUUAAUUUUUAAAAACUUAAUAAUUAACAAACUAAUACGCAGCGAGUAGUUCUCUUUGUUUAAUUAAUAUUUAGUAAAAAUUUUUAAGCAUAAUUUGAAUAUUAAUAUCCACUUUUUGCUUACAUAUAUAUUAAUAAUUUAUUAAUUGGCGUAAUUACUCUGUUACAAACAAGUUUACUUAAAUUAAAAUUACAUGAUUCUAUUCUGAACAAAAUAUAAAUAACUUAAUAAAUAUGAAAGACGAUCCUAGAAAAUGGCUCACGCUCGGGUAUUUAAUACAAAUAUAUCUUCUAUAAAAUUAUUAUUGCAUAUGAAAAUAUUGAUAUCAACUUAAAUUAUUGACAAUAUUUUUAUACUGAUAAAAAAAUAACAUUUAUAAAGAUAAUAUUUAUCUGAUUAUUUAAUUGUUAUAAAUAAUUUUAUCAGCUGAAUAAAAAUGUAAGCUCACUAUCUAGUGAUUGAAUUGAAAUAAGUUUUCUUUUGUGAAGAAAACUUGGUUGAUUAUUCAAAAAUUUUUAGAACAUUUAACAUCUCUAAGCAAUUUUUAGUUUCUGUGUAUAAAAAAUGUCAAUUAUGAAGAUACAGUAUUUUUUUUCUUAUGAAAUAAUAAUAUUUUAUGGUAAAUAUAUUAAGAACAUUCUUGAUAUUGAUGGAAUUGGGAAGAAAUUGUUACUUGAUGUUUUAAUUCUUUUAAACUUAUUAUUAAUUAAAGUUUGAUUAAAUCAGAUAGAAUUGUAAUUCAAAUAAAUGUAUCAGUUAUAAAUACGCUUUUCAAUAAACAAACGAUUAAAAAUUAUAAUAAUUAAAUAAAGUCUUUAAAUAUAUUUGAUCUUAUAUAUUAUAUAUAUAUAUGAAAUAUAUUAAUAAUUUUUUUUCUAGAAAAAUAAUUAGUCCAAAAUUAUAAUUGAUUAUAACGAAAUAUAUUGUGCCUAUAUGUGAGAUUUCAAUUACAAUUUAAAAAAUUAAUAAACUGAGUGUAAACAAUUACUGUGUUAAUGGAAAAUAAAUUCAAAAAAUUUCAUACCGAUACACAAUUUUUUAUUUAAAAAUAAUCUUUACAAAAAUUAAUCUAAUUGUAUAGUUAACUAAAUAAUAAAAACAACUUAUUUAUUCUCGUUUUCCUCACGAGCUUGAUUAGCUAAUUCCAGCAUUUUCAUUCGAAUUGUAUGAACUGAUUUAGCUUCCGCGUAAGUUAUACACCCAGCGAACAUAAAAUUAAUAACUGUUAACAUCAAAAAUUUGUCGCGCAUCGGUUUCAUGAACUUAAGCCAUAAUUUGAGUAUUUCCUGUCCGUUUGCGAAGUGUGGUAGUCUAUAACUACCAAUUCUUGCUGCUAU